UAAGUUAAUAUAAGAAAUGAUUUGAAACAUGGAUACAUGUCUAAUGGAUGAUUUUGACAAAAUUUGUCGCAUUUGUAUGAAAUUCGAUAAAACAUUUCUAUCAAUUACCUCAUUUAAAAUAAUUGAUAUGAUAAUAGCGUGUGCUUCUGUACAGAUUUGGGAAAAUGAUGAUCUACCAAAUCAAAUAUGCCACGCUUGUUUUCUUCAAUUACAAAAUACCAUUAGUUUCAAACAAUUAUGUGAAAAUUCUGAUAAUUCAUUCCGUCAAAUUAUUCAGCGAAAUAAAAUUAAUUUAUCGAAUAACCAAAUUGAUUUUGAUAUCAAAUUGAAUGAAAAUCAAAUAACUAAAUCCGAACAGCAAAGGAUUACUCAUGAAAAUAUUAAAGACGAUGACGUGAUAAAACCGUUUACUUGUGAUAAGUGUAAUAAAGCGUUCCAAAAAGUGUGGAUAUUGGGUCAACAUAUGCAUCGUAAACAUAGGGCCAAGGCCUUAAAAUGUAGUGAAUGUGAAUUAAAAUUAUACCAUCCAUUACAUUUAAAAGAACACCAAGAAUUAAUACACAAUCAAUCGAAUCUUACAUGUGAUGUAUGUAACAAAGUAUUGAAAGACAUUUACAAAUUAAAACGUCAUAAAUUAAUACAUUUAUCAGCAUCUUUGCAUUGUCAACAAUGUGACAAAACAUUCAAAGAUAAAUUUCGGCUAAAAUCCCAUAACAAGGAAGUACAUUCAGCGACAGAAAAGUAUGCUGCAUGUCAUAUUUGCGGCAAAUCAAUUACGAAAAGAGCUCUACCCCAGCAUUUAAGAAUCCAUAACGAACGUGGUAAAACUACAUGCGACAUAUGUUCGAAAUCAUUUGUAAGUGAGUUAACGUUAAAAAAUCAUAUUAAAAUUGUACAUGAGAAUCAAAAACCUGCACGUAAUCAUUUAUGUAAUAUUUGUGGACAUGCGAUGCGUACAUUGAAGGAAUUACGUACACAUUUAUUAAUACAUACAGGUGAACGACCAUAUGCAUGUGAUCAAUGUGAUAAAACGUAUCAUCGUGAUGAUCGAUUAAAAGAUCAUAUCUCACGUAUACACUUAAAUAAACGAAAGUAUCAAUGUACAUUUUGUUCACAUGCAUUUUUUACGAAGAGAAUGUUUGUGCAUCAUGUACGACGACAUACGGGUGAAAAACCUCAUAAAUGUGAAGUUUGUGAUAAAAGAUUUAUACAAAAAGUUGCAUUAAAAAUUCAUUUGAAAACACAUACAAAUUCAAGAGAGAAUUUUAAUGUAAGCUGUUUAGUUUAGAUUGCAAGCAUUGUAAUAUACAGGAUGAGCCAUUUUAAUAUAUACCCCAUAAUAACUCGUUUUAUAGUUAGCCAAUCGAAAAAUAGCUUAAAUAAAUAUUAGUAUUUUGAUGGCAAG